UAGCGUUGUAUUCUGGGUAAAGUGUGGCUCCAAGAACUUUGAAGAGCGCAUGCGUGCGCCAGCUCGUUCCUUUUUCCUCCUUGGGCGUCUGAAGGCAAGAUGGGUCACCAGCAGCUCUACUGGAGUCACCCGCGGAAGUUCGGCCAGGGUUCUCGCUCUUGCCGCGUCUGCUCUAACCGCCACGGUCUGAUCCGUAAAUACGGGCUGAACAUGUGCCGACAGUGCUUCCGUCAGUACGCGAAGGACAUAGGCUUCAUUAAGGUACCCGCGGUUGGGCGGGAGCGUUAAGACCCACACCCACACAGCGGAGGGUUUAAGCAAUCAAGAGUUCCAGAAGUGCAGGGUGAAGGAUUUAAUGCCUGGUCAGAUUUAGGUGUCAGGUGGCUGAAAAUGUUUAACGUAGGAGAUAGUAUAUUUUCUACAUAGUAGCUGAGUAUAUUCUAACCGAAUUUCUGACGGGGGAAUGUUUGAUACUGGGAAGAGCCAUGUUUCAGGCCUUAAUAACCACGAACCACCAAGGUUGUGGGUGAUCACAUUAGUCCUACUUGAAACGUUAAUUCCUCAAAAGUCACUUUUUUGACCAAAGACAUUUUCUAAUAAAAUUAAAUUAUAAAAUUCACCUGCUUUUUAAUUUACCAUUUUUCCCCCCCAAACCGGUUUCUCUGUAGCUCUGGCUGUCCUGCAACUCACUUUAGAUCAGGUCAGGCUGACCUCAGUCCUCUGCUAGGGUUAAAGGUGUGCAUCAUACCCAGAUGCAGGACCAGUUCUAAAUAAGCUUGUGUUUAAUGGGCCUACAUGUUAUCUUACACUGCUCUCUGAGGUGCAGCAGAGAGUUUUAAGCUAGUAUUGAUCAAAUAAUUACUGUAAGCCUAGUGAUACAUUUUAAAGAUUUGAAUGGCUAAAUUCCAGUGUGUCAAGUUUGGAGAACCAUUCCUUCUCUGGUCCCAAGUUUCUUCCAGUUAGGAUGAACUGUAGAAACUGGCUGCUUAGUAACUCUCCAGAAUAUAUGACAUGGUUAAUGUUAGAACAAGUUAAAAUGCCACAAUCACAUUCUAAGUAAUAACUCCUUCCCCUGUGUGCUUUUUUUGCAGUUGGACUAAGCGACCUGAAUGGAUGAUUCGACUGUCUACCCAAUGAAACCAACUGUCUACCCUGUGAUACCAAUCAUGCUAGUCUUUGUGCACACAGAAUAAAAAACUGAAGGCCUCUA